CGGUGAGAUAGUUCAGACUACACCUCCCGUGGGAUAAGUAGUUAAAUGUCACAGGCGCUCGCUCUCCUUGUAUUUUGUUACAUCCACACUGGGUGAAGAGAAGAGGUCUUCUCCACUUUGAAAUGAACAUUUUCCUAUAUUAGUUUUAACUGCACAUGACGAGGGCGUUCUUCGUAGUUCGCAAACUUAUAUUUCCUCACACCUUACAGUAAGGUUUUCUCCUUUUGCUAAUAGAAAGCGCAGAGAGAAUGGAAUCCCAUCCGCAUGGAUCAGGACCUGCCUUGCAGUUCGCAAGUGGUUUUAGUGAAGUAUCUAGACCCGUCAAGACCUUUCAUCUUCGAGACAUCUACAGCCCCAAACCAACCCCACAAAGGACCCCUGUGGCAAUACGGCCACCCAGCCCAAAACCAUGUCCUCCCCAGGAGCCCGUUGUCCGGCGUAGGCAGUCCUGUGAGCCCGAGCCAAAACCCAUCAUGAGGAGACGGGCUAAAUCCCUCUCGUCCUCCACAGAAGAGCACACCUGCAGGAAUGUGCAGGUCCGCUUCGUAGAUUCGUUAGGAUUGGAACUGGAAGAUGUGAAGUUCUUCAAGGCCAGCGAGGACCCAACGGUGCCGAUCCAUGUCAUCACUAGACUGCUGGCAAGCUCUGAGCUGGCCUCCAGGAAAAAGCUGGAGCUCUCUCUACCCUACUUCCAACCAUCCUUCCCUGACAAUAUGCGUGCCGAGGCUGGUUUCCUCAAGCGCUUGUGCCAGCAGCGAGUUUGCCUGGAGCAGGUGUUUUGCUCUGAGCUGGGAAUCAUCGGAACCGUGCAAGUGCUGAACUUGGCCUAUGAGAAAGAGGUUACGGUACGAUACUCGUUUACCGACUGGAAGAGCAGCGCGGAGAGUAAAGCGAGCUGGAUCUCCACCGUCCACAGUGAUGGGCCAGAUCCGAAGUCAGACAUGUUUCGUUUUCACCUGCCUGUACCGCCGUUCAUCCUGCAACCAGGUGCCAUGCUACAGUUUGCCAUCUGCUACCGGGUCAGAGGAUUUGAGUUCUGGGACAACAAUGGUGGACGUAAUUAUAAACUGACCUGCCAGACAUACAAAUUGACGGUCCCCAGAGAGUGUGAAGAUAGCCUUGUGCAUUUCAUUUGACUCUCCACUAGCCAUGGUCAGUGCUGUGAAAAAGUGUUUGCCCCAUCCUGAUUUUGUCUGUUCUUGUGUAUAUUUCAUAAUAAACCUAGUAAAUACAGCUUUUAAUGAUUUAUUUCUAAUGAAGAUAUCUAACACAUAUGACUCAUGUGAAAAAUAAAUUGCCCCCUUACAUUAACUGCAUCCAAAUGCUUCAGAUUACUGGAGAUCCGUCUUUCAUUGGCCCAUCACACAGUGUAGCCCCAUUGGAGGGUUUUCAGGCAUGAACUGCCUGUUUAAGGUCCAGCCACAGCAUCUGAAUGGGGUUCAAGUCAGGACUAGGCCACUCCAAAACGUUCAUUUAGCUUUUCUGAGCCCUACGUUUUCACAGCGCUGUAUGUAUAAAGAGCCUUUAUAAUCAUGUGUUUAUCACAAGCAUAGAGCACAAGUACUUUAAUAUGUCACACCAAUGGAAUUUAUCAUAAAAAAAUGGCUCUAAUUUCAGGACUGGUUACCACCCACGAACAAUUAGAAUGCAAUACUUGAUCAGUGCAGUAUUAUUAUUGCUGUAGCAGACUUUCAUCUUUAAGUGUCUGUGCAAAAAUAGUACCGACUUCAUGCACAUUCUUUCAAUUCCUUUAGAACUCAAAGCUGUGAGGAUAUUGUGUGUUAUAGUGCUAUUUUAAUCAUUCACAUUGUCAUGCCUACAGCUAGGCGGUGAAGUCUUAAUGUCUCUUUCAGAGUAGGUCUUGUGCUUAAAAUUCUUUCUCUAAAUGUGUGAUGGAUUU